ACCACCAAUGUCAAAGACUGCACACACCGCUCUGCCUUGACUGACCUCGGGAUUUGUAUUUCCAUCGAAGCAACUGGUUUUAAGGACAGACAGAGGGGUUGCUCUUCCCAGUUUCAUACGUUGGAGGCGAAUCUAACCCGACAAGAUGCGCCUCACGUUGCAGAUGUUGAUCUCUCACGGCCGGAUGGCCCGGAAGAUGGGUCUCGGUCCGCAGUCCCGACUCAACAUGCUGCGGAACAUUUUGACCGGACUGGUCCGACAUGAGAGGAUCGAGACCACCGCGGCCCGAGCAGACGAAGUCAUCUUCUACGCCGAAAAGCUGGUGGACUACGCCAAAAAGGGAGACACAGAUGAGAAGGCGAUGAAAAUGGCCACGUUUUGGCUGACGGAAAAAGAUCUGGUGCCAAAGCUCUUCAAGGUCCUCGCUCCGCGGUUUGAGAAUCUGUCAAAAGGCUACACGCGGAUGGCACGCCUUCCCAACAGACUGAACCUGGACAGAGCGAAGAUGGCCGUCGUGGAGUACAAAGGCAACCCCUUCCCGCCUCUCUAUCCUGUGAAAAAAGAGAAUGCACUGACACUGCUCAACCAGCUGCUCAAAGGCUACAGAGAGGAGCGGGGACGAGAGUUAUCCACGAAAGCCUAAUUAUCAACCUCCUGGUUUGCACACUGUGGCUUAUCGACACGGAUCCAUUUCUUCAGCGAGAAACAGUUCAAAAGCUCCAGUGUCAACAAAAGCCAAGAACAUUUCUGUUUCAGGACAUUUAUGACCGGUUAUGUAUUAAUAAAUAUUAUCUGUUCACAGAACUAAGAGAUUUAAAACUUUUUCUUCACAAGUUUGGCCAAACCAGAUGCAGUGACCAAGAAGGAGAACGGUUGUCUGGUCCAAAGGAAAGAUACUGAAGCAAUUUAGUAUUGCACUUCCAUUAAAUAAGGGAUCCUCAAAGCAGUAGAUGAGAAUAUAUAUCCUGACUGAGUCUGUAGUUCAGGUCAAGCUCCAAAACACUGGAUCCUACAUUUACCAUAAUGCAUCUGUCAUUAAAGCCAACCAGCUUCUUAUAUUCCACUUCAUUCAGAAACAGUCCUCCAAUUUAAUUAGGCGUUUCUGGAGAAUCCCGACAUGACGAAUGUUUCUUCAGUGGAGAAGCUCUAUUAGGCUCUAUUAUAUUUCACGAUAUUACAGUGUUUUAUUAUGUUUUGAUGGACAAACCCAAAAAUAGAAGCACAAAUAAAGUCAGACAUUUCCUUUUU